AAUCGAUAUUGGAUCGGCCGGAAUCGGAUGUUUACCGGCCGGUACCCGCCUAUUCACACCGAGAGGCUAGAUCCAAACUAGCCCGUCCAAACCGGUUAUGCCUCGUUUACAUAAACCGGUUCUUUCGCGCGACCGCUGGGAGCCUGUGAAAGGGAUCAAGCGAACUAGGGUUUUAGGCGCUCCAGAGGAACGAUGGCGUCCAAAACCCUAGCUCGGGCUGGAGCUUGCCUCAUCAAUCGCUUCCGCUUCUCCAAUCCAUUCCAGCCCCCGAAGCCGAGCAGUUCGUUAAUCCUGCCUCAAUUCCUUUCUAAUCCCUCAGCUCAGUCUUUUCCGGCGAAAUUUCAGACCCAUUGGCCUCCUCCGGUGGAAGGAGGAGGCGGAGGGGGAGACGCCGAAACUCUAAAAAUAUUUGCAUCCUCUGAAGGGAUUUCCUUUCCCUGCGGGCUCCCUUCGCUUCGCUUCUUCAUUGAAGAUGGAAAUGAUGCUUUGGUUAAUGAGCCUCUACUCCUACUUCCAAAAAGAACUUACCAGCCAAGCCACAUCAAGCGCAAGAGAACUCAUGGUUUCCUUGCACGUAAAUCGACGAGAGGUGGGCGAAAGGUCAUUGCUCGGAGGUUGGUGAAAGGUAGAUCAAGAAUUACUGUAUAACAUCAAAUCCCUACCAAGUCUGAUAGUAUUUUGGAAGUGCAAGAUACCUUUGAGAUGCGACUCUUGGUCACCCUCGCCUUGUUUUGGCCUUUAGCACAAAUUGGCAUCUUAUGUUUAGAAGCCGCACGUUCAAGCUGCUGGUUGGACAUCUUUUGUUCAUUAGUAGAGGAACGAAUGCUCACAUAAUUGGAGUCUCCUGUGUAACUUUCCUGCUCAUGAUCUCAUCUUCGAGGCUCCAAACAAGCUGUUAAACAUAAUUGAAGGCAUCGCAAAGUAUGUACAAUUUCUUCUUAAUCAUAAGGGCUUGUUUGGUUCGCGGGAAAA